AUGGCUGGUGGACGCAUCGAUUGCUACCUGGACCUUGCGUCCUUCUUUAGCUAUAUUUGUAUUGCAGACUUGCGGCUCAAUUUGGAUAAGCUAGCCGCCCAUGGAGUUGAUGUAGAGUUCCAUCCCAUCUUUCUGGGAGGCAUCAACCACCUGUCCGGCAAUCGGCCACCAUGGACCUUACCUGCCAAGGCCAGGUAUCUCAUCUACGACAACAAGCGCGCCGCCGCCCGCGUCGGCAUCACCGAGUACCAGGCGCCCGAUGACCUGUUUGAGCGAGCAAAGACGCAGUCUGCCCUGCGGGCCCUGCUCUUCAUCAAGGCCAACUACCCCAAGGAGAAGCUCCUGUCGGCGAUGCACUUCCUGUUGCACAAGUUCUGGACGCCCCCCAACGCCGAUGUCGUCGACGAAUCCAGCCUGCGCGCCCUGCUUGCCCAAGCUACCGAGACGCCUGGCGGCGGAGCCAAGCUGUUUACCGAGGAAGAAGUUGGCCGGAUCAUGGAUGGCAGGGCGGAGAUGAAGAAGAAGUUGAUCGAGGACACGGCCAAGGUUGUCGAGUCGGGCGCUUUCGGCUGCCCGUGGUUCUUGGUGACAAACUCCAGGGGCGAAACUCAGCCCUUCUUUGGGAGUGACCGGUACGUGGAUUUUGUCUGA